AUCCAACCCAAACUUAUGCACAUUCCCUCCUCCCCCACUCAUUUGGAAGUUAAUAAGAGGGACCCUCCAGAGGCGCACAGGCACUGCGAUCACAAGACCUCCCCCCGUUUGAUGCCAAACAGAGCCACGAGCACCAAGGGAAUCAUGCCUGUGCCCAAGAAAGCAGGAGGAAAAAACGGAGCUGCUGCUGCACAAGAAAAGCUGCCGCCAUAUGAGCCAAACAUCCCUGAGCCGACCACCAGGGCUGACUUCAUGAAAUACUGGCUCCCGCUCUCUCUGGAUGAUAAAACUGCACAGAAGCUGUUGUGGAUUUCAGAGGCCGGGUCUAAAGUGGCUCGUACGUCUGAUGCAGUCUGCCCGUAUCCAAACAGGCCUGAGAGAUACGAGCACUCACCACAGGUGCUGACUAAAGAGGGUCUGCUGGGCCACCGGGGGUACUGGGAGGUGGACUACGACGGCUGGGUGGUGAUCGGGGUGGUCUGCGAGAGCGCGCCCCGCAAAGGCCAGGACGGUCCCUGCGGCCUCGGGGAGAACAACACCUCCUGGGGCGCCGGCUGGUCUGGCUCCUGCUACCAGGUCUGGCACAACAGCGAGAACGUGGACAUCCAGCUCCCCCUGUCGCCCACCAUGGGCGUCUACGUCGACCAGCCCGCCGGCAUCAUCAAGUUCCUCCUGGUGGAGGGGGAGGGCGAGAAGGAGGUGCGGCUGAUUCACAAGUUCAAGGCCAACGUCCAGGAGAAGCUUUUCCCCGGGUUCUGGGUCGGCACGAAUUCCUUCUGCCUUAUUCGGAAAAAGGAUCAGUGACAAAUCUGGGAGGUUGUUUAGCCUUGCAGGGUGGAGGGAUGGGGGGGUGGGGUAAGGGUAGGGGGGCAUGUAGUGUAAAUUUCCUCUGGGUGCAUGAAAAAACCAUCAUAUUAUAUCCAAAGAUGCCUAAUUGUUUUAUUAACUAUUAUUUAUCUAUUUAUGUAUUUUAUUAAUUUAGAAUCUCGGCAAAGUUGUGUAUGUUUUUAUUACACACGGGGCCCUGCAUGUUCCAGAGUGUGUUUAAUUUAGAGCCUUUUUUAUGUGCUGGAUGUAGUCAAUAAAUUCAGUUAUUGUGUAAUAA